AAGUCACUCGCAUCUAAGUAAGAAACUCUAAAAGCCACCUACACCAACAGUAACUGAUUACUCUCUCUCUCUCUCCCCUCUGUAAAUCAAGAGAAGAAAAUUAUGGAAACAAUACCUCUGUGGAGACACAAAGCAGGGUUUGCCAGAUUAGGGUUCUGAUGCCCUUUGUACAUACACUUGUAUUUGUAUAUAAAUAAAAAAAAAAGGAAUUUCUCUCAGAAACAGUGUCAGAAGUAGCAGUGAAGAUUAAUAUUUCUUGGGAGGCAGAUGUUUUUAAAGCCAUUCAGUAAUUUCAAAGCUCUGUCAUGUAUGCUGAUGGGUAUUUGUUGAAUUUUGGAAGAUCAUCUUCUUUUCGUUUAUGGCGAUUGUUUCUUUCUCUAAAUCUGUUGGGGAAGAAAGAUUUUAUUUGGAUUUUGAUACUUUGAAAUCUCUUAUUUUGUCGGUAAAGUGGUGAAGAAAUUCUGACUAGUUGGAAAAAACAAAUAGAUGGUUAUGGAGGAACAGAGAGUGCUUGUUGAUAAUGUGUAUCUGAAUGGAGCUUCUGAAUUUAAACUGGAAGAAGACGAUGACGACGACUUUAGAAGUUGUUGUGAGGAUGAGGAUGAACUGAAGGAGAGAGAAGAAUAUGCAAAGGUGGAUUUAGACAGCAGUCUUGAUGAAGAUUCCCUAAAAAUGUAUUUCAAGGGUGUGUCUGUUGCUGGCCCUGGAGAUUCUGGUUCUAGAAUUUCUGGAAUUGGGGUGGUCAUGGAGAGGUCUGAUGAUGCUUCUCCCAUUCAGAUCCAGAAAAAACUUGAUUUCUAUGUAGAAGAGUCGGUUGCAAAUUGUUUAGCUCUGCUGGAUGGUUUAUCUGUAGCUAUACAGAGCAAUAUCAGGCGAGUUUAUGCGUUUACUGAUUCUGAAGUCUUGUAUAAUCAGAUUAUCCAUGAUGAGAUUGUUGAAAGUCCUCUUCUGUUGGCGCUAAGAGAAAGGAUCUUGGAACAAGCCAGUAAUAUAGAAAGUUUUUCCCUAAAAUUGAUCCCUCCGAUUGACCUCCAAAAGGCAUUACAUCUGGCACAAGUAGCUGUUGGUAUAGUUUCUUUUCCGGCUGACGGAGAGGAAACGGCAGAAAGCUGCUCAAUCUGCUGUGAGGAGAAGCUCUCAUCAAUGAUGCUCACGAUCAAAUGUUCCCACAAAUUCUGUUCCCACUGUAUGAAAACCUAUGUCGAGGGGAAACUACAAUCUGCUCAAGUGCCCAUUAGAUGCCCACAACUGAGAUGCAAGUACUGUAUUUCAGCAUCUGAAUGUAGGUCUUUCCUUCCAGUUACCUCUUAUGAAUCUCUGGAGAGAGCCCUUGCUGAAGCAAAUGUUCUCAACUCAAAUAAAAUUUAUUGUCCAUAUCCUAGUUGCUCAGUUCUGCUGGAUCCUCAUGAAUGCUCGUCGACUAGGGCAAGUUCCUCGAGUCUAUCUGACAACAGUUGUGUGGAGUGUCCUGUUUGUCAGAGAUUCAUCUGUAUUGAUUGUGGGGUUCCUUGGCAUUCUUCAAUGACCUGCGAAGAGUACCAAAAUCUCCCAUUGGAGGAGAGAGAUGCUUCUGAUUUAACUUUGCAUCGUCUGGCCCAAAAUAAAAGGUGGAGGCGUUGCCAACAGUGCAGGAGAAUGAUUGAGCUCACUCAUGGUUGCUACCACAUGACAUGCUGGUGUGGUCAUGAAUUCUGUUACUCCUGUGGUGCGGGUUAUAGGAAUCGCCAACAGACAUGUCAAUGUGCAUUUUGGGAUGAAGAUUAUUCUGAAGAAUUGGCGACUUAUCCUACCCAACAAUUUGAACAAUGGGCAUGGGACUCGUUUGAGUCACUCCCGAUGAUGAUGGAUGCAUACUCAGAACAAGAAAGAUCACAAUUGGCACUUAUCCAGAGGUUUCUUGCUGGAGGUUUCAGUUUGACCGAGCACCAUCCUUACCAAUCUCCACCACGUUGUACAGACUCGUAUGCUGAUGCCAUGAAGGAUCUUCAUCAGCUGCCUUGGCUUGAAAGAUUUGUUUCUGUUAUAAGUGAUAAUUACUAUGAAGAUUACAUCCAAUGACCCUAAAAACAUUGGAGAUUGAAAAUGAGUUGAUUAGCAUUUCAAAGGAAGUAUGGCAUAGGAGGUAGAGUGCCUCACUCUCACUCACACUCCUUUAGCAAAUAGGCCUACUUUGUUAUAUAGUUUUAGUGUCAUAUUCCGCUCAACCUUUUGAGCGUGAAUUUUAAUGUAUGUGGAUCGGGACUUCUUUCUUGUUCUUGAUGAACAGCUUCAAGAGGAAGAGAGGAAAGAAAUGAAAGGAACAUGAUGGAAAUAUAUUCUUGACAUUAAAAGCAAUGACGCAAACAGGUUUUAAUAUUUUGCCAA